GAUCUAUCUCGCAGUCGCGCGCUAACCGUCCAUUGUUUCGAAGCCGCUUUCCUGGCGCGAUGGGCCGACGUUUCGCGCUGACGAGGUUACUCGUCGAGCUGCGAAGAGCACGGCGGGGCGCAACGCGGCUGUCCACCCUCGUCCAGGCUGCCCGAGAGCUCAGGCCGGACGCCAGCAUGGACGAGUCGGCUUAUGCCUGGAAGCGCGACCCGAUCACCCACAGACUUCACCAGUACAGGCCUACCAGCGAACAGAGCAGCAAGUGUAACGGCGUCGCAAGCAGCAAAAUGCAGACUUUCACGCUCGAAAGGGAUCAGCUGGGACAACGUGGACCCGGUGACUCCGUCACACCGGGUGCCGUCCGCGGAUUGGAUCACGUCAGGAAUCCGCAGCUCAACAAGGGCAUGGCCUUCACGAUCGAGGAGCGUCAAACGCUCGGCAUCCACGGUUUGCUUCCAGCGGCAGUCAAAACCCAGGACGAGCAGCUCGAGCUCUGCAGGCUCAACCUCGACAUAUACAACGACGAUCUCUCCAAGUACAUUUACCUGGCCGGCCUCUUGGACCGCAACGAGAAGCUCUUCUACCGACUUCUCAGCGCGGACGUGGAGAAGAUGAUGCCCUUGGUUUACACGCCCACGGUGGGUCUAGCCUGCCAGAAAUUCGGUCUGAUCUACCGUCGCCCGCGCGGCCUCUUCGUCAGCAUUCACGACAAAGGCCACGUUUACGACGUGCUGAAGAACUGGCCGGAGCACGACGUUCGGGCCAUCGUGGUCACCGACGGCGAGCGCAUCCUCGGCCUCGGUGAUCUUGGCGCUCAGGGUAUGGGUAUACCGAUCGGCAAGCUGUCGCUUUACACCGCCUUGGCUGGAAUCAAACCCCAUCAGUGCUUGCCUAUUACAUUGGACGUUGGUACCAACAAUCAGUCGUUCCUGGACGACCCGCUGUACAUCGGCCACAGGCACAGGCGCGUGACAGGCGCCCAGUACGACGAGUUCUUGGACGAAUUCAUGUGCGCAGCGGUGAAGCGUUACGGGCAAAACACCCUCAUUCAGUUCGAAGACUUCGGGAAUGCCAACGCCUUCAGAUUAUUGAACAAAUAUCGCGACCGCUAUUGCACUUUCAACGAUGAUAUCCAAGGAACUGCAUCCGUCGCUCUUGCCGGUCUCAUCGCAUCGCUCAGGCUUACCAACACUAAGCUCUCGGAUAACACUAUUGUGUUCCAAGGUGCCGGCGAGGCUGCUCUGGGUAUCGCUUGGCUUUGCGUAAUGGCAAUGAAACAGGAGGGAACAUCCGAACAAGAGGCUAAAAGCCGUAUCUGGAUGGUCGAUUCCAAAGGUCUGAUCGUGAAGAACCGUCCAAGCGGUGGGAUAAGCGAGCACAAAGAGCCGUUCGCGCGCGAUCACGCUCCAGUUUCCUCCCUCGCGGAGGUCGUGAAAUUAGCCAAACCAUCUGUGCUGAUUGGCGCUGCUGCGAUCGGUGGUGCAUUCACUCGACAAAUUCUCGAGGACAUGGCCAAAAACAAUGCUAAGCCCGUGAUUUUCGCGCUCAGCAAUCCCACCAGCAAAGCAGAGUGUACGGCUGAGGAAGCUUACAAUGCCACUGAAGGCCGUGCGAUCUUCGCCAGUGGUUCACCUUUCAACCCAGUGACCUACGGUGGUAAGACUCUCUACCCCGGUCAAGGUAACAACAGCUACAUCUUCCCUGGCAUCGCUCUUGGUGCGAUUUGCGCUGGUAUGAAGACGAUACCCGAGGAAACAUUCCUUCAGGCUGCCUCGACCCUUGCUGAGCUUGUUACCGACGCGGAUCUCGAAAAAGGCACUCUCUAUCCACCGCUCAAAGAUAUUCAAAAAUGCUCGAUCAAAAUUGCAACGAAGCUCAUGGAUUACGCCUACGCACAAUCGCUAGCAACAGUACAUCCAGAACCAGAUAACUACGAAGAGUUCAUCAAAGCCCAAUUGUAUGAUACAAGCUACACAUCAUCUAUACCUUCAGUGUAUCCAUGGCCUAAGAUGUAACAAACAAAUACUUAGUUCAAUCGACGAUUCAGUGUUUUACUCUAUUUCCAAAAUUCCGCGUACUUUAACAAUUCGCAAUGAAUAAAUAGUCCAAGAUCCACAAAGGAUCUUAUUAUUGAGGGAUCAAACUUUUCUAUUAUUUGGAUAACAACGUUUUUAUUUUUAGCUUUGCUUCAGCACUUUUUUCGCAAAGUAAAGAUAUUUUGCAAUUUAAUUUUUUUUUU